AUGGAUUCCACCGAGAUUCACCAAACCACCGUCGUGGACCACGACGAGCCCAUGACCGAUAACUUCAACGACAACCUCGCCGAUCAGGGUGACCUUGAGGCCCCCCUUAAGACCGAGGAGGAGUAUGCUAUCGCCGAUCUGACUCUGCGUGCUAUUGUUUCCUCCAAGGAGGCCGGUGUCAUCAUCGGUAAGGCUGGCAAGAACGUUGCCGACCUCCGCGACGAGACCGGUGUCAAGGCCGGUGUAAGCAAGGUAGUUCCCGGUGUCCAUGACCGUGUCCUGACUGUUACUGGUCAAUUGCGCUCGCUUGCUCGUGCCUAUGCGAUCGUGGCAAAGGGUCUUUUGGAGGGUGCCCCGCAGAUGGGCAUGGGUGGCAUUGUCUCUAACAAUGGGACCCACCGGUACCCCGAGGGCAUCGAGAAGGCCAUUUGGGAAAUCGGCAAAUGUCUGCUUGACGACUGGCAGCGUGGCACCGGUACUGUUCUCUACAACCCCGCCGUCCGUGCUUCUCUCAGCGGCUCGCAGCCGCUCAGCAACAACCCCCCUGCUGGAAAUGGCUACCAGAACAAUACCAACAGCCGUCAGUACAACCGCACCGGCAACGGCGCCGACUUCAGCGAUGGUGGCUAUAACCGCCGAUCUAACUCCGAUGCUGGAAACCGCGGAUACCCCUUGGUUACGGAAGACGGCGAAGAGAUCCAGACCCAGAACAUCAGCAUUCCUGCGGACAUGAUCACAGAGAUUCGCCGAAGCUCGGGCGCUCGGAUUUCGAUCGCCAAAGCUCCCCAUGAUGAGACUGGCGAGCGCAUGUUCACCAUCAUGGGAAGUGCUCUGGCUAACGAAAAGGCUCUGUACCUUCUCUACGAGAACCUGGAAGCCGAGAAGACUCGCCGCAGCCAGCUUCCCCAGGAAUGA